CUGGCUCUUCUUGUAUGUGUGUAUAUUGUGUGUCUGCAGAUUAGUUGGGUUCGUUGAAAAUUGCCGCGAUCCAUUUCUAAACGGGCGAGAAAUAGGUGGGUGACAUCACCUUCAGAGGUAAAAUGCUGCCCGCCCUUUUGCUGAGCUGUCAACGAGUAUCACCAAUUAUGGGUCUUUGUGCCACAGCUUGAGAAGUACUAUGCUGUUCACAGUUUCUGGGUGGGCAACCAUUACAUAUGCUCUGCAGCAUUCAUGAGACCGGCAGUGGGUGAGAACCAGAUGCAACACUUCAGCGAGACAGAUGGUGAGAGCGAUGUGAUACUUCAGUGACGGAGAUGAGAUGCUUCGGUGAGAGAGAUGGAUUGUCGAUGAAGAUAGAGAGGCUGGGAGAAUGAAGAGCGGAAAAGGCUGGAGGAAUUCUCAUCGGUCGAGCCAAACAACUGCAUUGCUUCCUUGUUCCUAGUAAGAACUCUCUUCUAUAUCGAUUAAUCUCCGUUUGUACACCAAGUACUCUGUCCUCGUCUCCCUGAAGCUCCAUUUGUAUGCUACGAACUGUGUUUUCGAGUCCCUAAAUAUCCGUUUUGUGUACUAAGAAUUACUAAGAGAUUUAAUCUCCAAACUGAGUAGUCAGAGACAAAUAGUUUUCUGCACGUAGGCUGUAGGCUUUCUGAGAACCGUCUGCUGAAUUACGGAUUUUGUUUUGCUAUAGAAAGCAGCUUGCCAUUAGUCACACUGCAGACGUAGGAACAUCCCAGUGACCGUAUCUGUCCAAUCCGUCAAUGUCCGUGUCCAUGGAGGAGGGAAGACACAAGUACUCGGUGCUGCUUCCGACGUACAACGAGAGGGAGAAUAUUGGAAUCGUCGUUUAUCUCCUAGUGAAGACGUUAGAUGGCAUACAUGUCGAUUAUGAGAUUAUCAUUAUUGAUGACAACAGCCCGGACGGCACCCAGGAAGUUGCGAAGAAGCUGCAAGAUCAUUACGGUCAAGAUCGCAUUGUUUUGAGACCACGACCUGGGAAGCUAGGACUAGGUACGGCGUAUGUUCAUGGUAUGAAACAUGCAACCGGGAACAUUAUCAUAAUCAUGGACGCUGAUCUGUCCCACCACCCGAAAUACAUUCCACAGUUCAUCAGAAAGCAACUGGAAACAGGUUGUGAUAUUGUGACGGGUACACGCUAUGCAAAGCAGGGAGGCGUGCACGGUUGGGAUUUGAGGCGGAAGCUGACGAGCAGGGGGGCGAAUGUGCUGGCUUCGACAUUACUCUUGCCCCGGGUCUCUGAUCUGACUGGAUCUUUCAGGCUUUAUAAAAAGGAGAAGUUGAUGGAGUUAAUUCAGAAGUGUGUCAGCAAAGGAUAUGUUUUUCAGAUGGAGAUGAUUGUGCGCGCAAGGCGGUCACAUUUUCACAUUGAGGAGGUCCCAAUCAGUUUUGUUGAUCGCGUUUAUGGGACAUCAAAGCUCGGAGGAGCAGAGAUAGUUGCAUAUCUGAAAGGCCUCUUCUUUCUAUUUUUCACUACAUGAUAACAGACGUUUCAGUUUGCUCUCUCUCUCUCUCUCUCUCUCUCUCUCUCUCUCUCUCUCUCUCUCUCUCUCUCUCUCUCUCUAAACUAAUAAAACAGGAAAUGAGCUGUCAGCGUUUUAUACGGAAUAAACAGUGAGAGCAGUUGGAACGAUUGUAAUUGCUGCUCCCACAAUUUGGACAACAAGUGAAGCUCGGUGACUGUAAGCGAUACAAGACAAGGUGGGCAAGUGUGUUUGUGUCACAGAUCGGCAAGCAUGCAUGUUUCUCACUGUCUUAUCAUUGGUACGCUGUCUAUAGGUUGCCAUGCUGUAAUCCUUUCUUCCCAAACUUCCUAGAGCAGGUUUAGACCGUUUGGUGACACCUCUCCUCAUACCAUAAUAAAACAUGUACCAUUGG